AAUGAACCGGAAACGAGAUUCUCGAUUGUGAUUGGCUUUCGAACAGAGAAGGAAAACUGCUUUUAAUGUUACAUUACGAAGAUCAUUCACUUCCAUGACUCAUCAUGACUUUGUCGGGUAUUUAAACCAGAUUUAUUUUUACAGUGGCCAGUUCCAGCCCAGAGCUUACCUGUGUUGUGCCCCAGAGUGGGGUGUGUGAGGGCUGAAUGCAGAAGACAGUGGCUGUCCUGGGAGGGGGCAUCGGGGGCCUGUCUGCCUGUUACAGUCUCUGCAAGAACCCGCUGGUCUCCAAGAUAGUUCUGGUGGAAGGAGAUGGCAGGGUGGGGGGAUGGCUGAAUUCUACCCGGAGAGAGGAUGGAGCAGUGUUUGAGCAUGGACCCAGAGGCAUAAGACCGGCUGGAGCCGUGGGCCGGAACACCCUCAACAUGGUGGAAGAAUUGGGCCUAGAAAGUGAGGUACUUCCUAUCACAUAUGACCACAUAGCCUCUAAGAACCGCUACCUGUAUGUUCGAGGACGGCUACACAAGAUGCCCUCCGGCCUGGGCGGAGUGAUGCGUACGGUCCCGCCAUUUUCUCGUCCCUUGGUCCAGAGUAUUCUGAAGGAGAUCCUUGUCAGCAGAGGACAAGAGGACGAUGAGUCUGUUCACUCUUUUGUCUCCCGACGCCUGGGAUCUGAGCUUGCGGACAUUGCCAUUGACAGUCUGUGUCGGGGAGUGUUCGCGGGUGACUGCCGUAAGCUGAGCGUGCGUUCCUGUCUUCCUCCCCUGUACAACGCAGAGAAAGCCAGAGGUUCCAUUGUGCUGGGAAUGGUGCUGGGCUCAGGCGUUGGCCCAGAAGUACUCCCCUCCGCACUCGCCCAGCGGGCCUCCAAAGAGAAUUGGGCCCAGUGGUCCCUGAGAACGGGGCUCCAGAUGCUACCUGAGGCCCUGCAGGACAGGCUCAUCCAGGGGGGGCGGUUCACACUGCACAGACACAGCCCAGUAAAGGGGCUGCAACGUGAUGCCACGGGCUGGGAGAUUAAGUUGGAGGAUGGGACCAUCAAGGCUGAUCACAUCAUCGCUGCUCUUCCAGCAAAAGCCCUUGCCUCAGUGCUGCCCCCUGCUGCACACACACUGGCAGAGCAGCUACGGGAGAUUACCUCAGUGACGGUUGCCGUGGUGAACCUGGAGUACGAGGGUUGCGUCCUGCCUGUGAUGGGUUUUGGCCAUCUGGUUCCAUCAUCAGAAGACAGGGGGCUGCUGGGAGUGGUGUACGAUUCAGUUCCUUUCCCUCAACACAACCGGUCUGGAGGAGAAUCAACAAGGCUGACGGUGAUGAUGGGUGGGGCCUGGUUCCAGGAAGUGUUUGGCAGUCCAGAGGAUGUGACAGAGUAUCAUCUCCUAGAUAAAGCCACUCAGGCAGUCCGCUCACACUUGGGUAUAACUGCAGCACCCAUCUACAGCAAGGUGGCUCUACAGAAGGACUGUAUUCCUCAGUAUCAUCUGGGCCACUGGAAACUAAUAGAGAACAUGAGGAGGUACCUUACAGAGCAGAACCUCCCUCUUACGCUGACUGGCUCAUCCUACGAUGGCGUCUCUGUCAAUGAUGUCAUCUUUAGUGGACGGACGGCAGCAGAGGGGCUUGUGGAGGCCGCGAGCGACUGACAAACAGAUUAACAGAAGAUAAGGACUACUUGAUGUUUCCAUGGAUGUUCAUAAGAAC